CAUAGACUAGAAGGCCAGUUUGUCUCCCCAUGAUUGGGGCAAAUCACUUGAACAUUAUAGCUUAGCUCCAAACAUUUUAUUGUUUGUGCAUAGUUAGUUUCUCAGAAAUUUGUGCCUUGUGCAACAGGAUAGGUGGGCAAUAUUGAGCAUGCGGUCAGCUUGGUGUGUAGGGAUCCUCCAUAAACAGUAGCCCUCCUGUAUUGGAUAGACAAAUGGAUAUAUAGAUACAUGGUGGAGCUCCAAUGAAAGGCAAAUUCUAGCUACGAGUGUGCGACAACAAGCAAAACCUACUCAUCUCUUAUAUUUUAUAUCGUUCAAAAUCUAUGUAGGAAACACUAUAUCCUCCCAUAUAUAGCACAUAUGUAGCAGUUAACUUCCUGUCAGAAAAGAUUAUAUCCCUUUUUUGCAAUCAACGAAGGUUUCCAUAUUCUACUAGCAAAGAGAGUAGAGGCUCGAGAGGGACUCUUUCCUAUGGAAUCACUGGUUCGGAGAGAGUCAAGCAUUACAGCACCACAGGCUCCUCCACUGCAGAGCUCAGAAGAGAACGAGCAAGAACUCCUAGACGAAGUAAAUGAUCAAAAGGAAGAGGCUAGGCAAACUCUCCAGUCAGAUCUAGAGCUAACUACAAGUGAUUCAACUCAGUGGUUCAAUCGAGAGCUCAACCUUAUUGACAACUUCAGGAGCAUGGAUUCAUCUGAGACUUCACCAGAAACUCCUCAGGGUACUGACGGGGAGCAAAGGGUUUUCUCAUGCAACUAUUGUCAAAGAAAAUUCUAUAGUUCACAAGCACUUGGAGGACACCAAAAUGCCCAUAAAAGAGAAAGGACUCUAGCGAAAAGAGGGCAAAGAUUAAUAAGGAGUCAAUUAGAGGCUUCAAUGGCAGCUUAUGGACAUCCUUACUUCCACCACCACCACCAUUCAAGCAUGGCCUCUCUCCCUCUCCAUGGUAGAUCUCUUGGAAUUCAAGUACACUCAAUGAUCCAUAAGCCUUCUCACCUAUCAUCUUCUACUGGUUUUGGAAACGUGUAUGGACAUGGCAGCUGGUCUAGGCCCCAUAUUGAUCAACAACCAGGUAUAGGUAAAUUAUCAAUGGAGAAUUUUUAUAUGAAUGCAACAACACCAUCGCGUGCCAGUGUCGGUAGGUUCAACUUGGAGAGGACUAGUACUGUAGGUUCUCCGGCAGACCCUGGAAUUGGUAGGUGGAUAGGCAAUGGUCAUUUGAAGACUAAUCAAGAUGAUCGUAUUCACAAGCUUGACUUGUCCCUCAAGCUCUGAAAUGUGUUUUCUUCCCCUUUCUACACUUUAAUCUAUCUUCAGAAACCUUCUUGGACUCGUAUUUAUGUGAAUUUUGGCUAUAGAAAUGCUAAAUGAUUGUUGUUUUUA